AUGGGAGGCCCGCUUCUCUACUUUGUUCGACCUCGACUCCCCAUUUCCCGGACGUCUCGUUCUCGACCAUUGGAUUUCCGCUUUUUGCGGAACCCGACGUUCGUCGUCUACGAGACUGGGAACAUCCUCGAAGCAAUGGGGUACUUUCUGCCAACAAUCUAUCUUCCGACCUACGCGCGCAGCCUGGGGGCAGGUGGUAUUCAAGCUGCGUUAACCGUCAUACUGUUCAACCUUGCAUGUGUGUUUGGUUGCAUUAUUAUGGGCUCCAUGGUGGACCGCUUCCAUGCUACUACCUGCAUCCUCGCCUCCACUAUCGGAAGCACCACUGCGGUAUUUCUAAUAUGGGGACUUGCCGACUCUAUGGCACCUCUCUACAUCUUCUGUAUCUUCUACGGCCUCUUUGCCGGCUCUUUUACCUCCACAUGGCCGGCCAUUGUCAACGAAGUCCGGAAGAAGAGUGUCUACGCGGAUCAGAGUAUUAUUUUUGGAUUUCUGUCUACCGGUCGGGGCAUUGGCAACGUUGUCAGCGGCCCUCUUAGCGAAGCUUUACUCAAGACCGACUCCUGGAAAGGCGUGGCUGCGAAGGCAUAUGGGUCCGGUUAUGGUCCCUUGAUAGCUUUCACUGGGGUUUCUGCCCUUCUCGGCGGUUUUGGCAUUCUUAUGAGGUCGUCUCGGCUCACGUAA